GGAUGUUAGGAAGCGCUCCCUCCACUCGGAGCUGUCGCCUCCUCUUUCUGGUCAUCUGCGGUUAAAGCUCUUCACCUAACGGAAGUAAACACUUCUUGGAGAUGACAUUUUAAACCCCGGACUUCCACCCUAAGGUUGGAUGAGUGCGCCAAGUUUUACCCCGCCUGCAGAGGUGGCGCAGAUCAACCGCAUCCAUUAUGAGCUGGAGUACACAGAGGGCAUCUCUCAGCGCAUGCGGAUACCUGAGACCCUCAAGGUGGCCCCUGAGAGCGGCACGGGGCCCAUUCCUGUUCAGCCGCCACCGCUGCUGCACACAACUCUGAUGCAGGUUCCUGAAAGAAUCGUCGUUGCAGGCGAUGAAGGAGAAUCCAGGUUUGUUCAACCCAGAGACCUGGAUCUUAUCCAGUCGGUUCCGUCUGUGGACCUCCUGAACAUGAAGGCUCCACCGCGUGUCCUCACCCUGACAGAACAGCCUCUGGACUCCCUGGAAACAAACCAGACUGCCAACUCCCAGAGUAAUCCCAGCCAGGCUGUCAGUUCUAACAGCCGCUCCCGGAGGGAACGCAGCGCCACUGAGAACACAUCUGGUCGUCACAGCGCUCACAUCAGCAGGGGGGAUGUCAGUGCGUCCCCCUCCCCUUCUGCGCCUCCGGUCCGCCUGUGCCCCCCCCUCUGCUCUCCAGAAGACGCAAACAUCAACCUGUUUACCGCCGCGGGGUUUCUGUCCUACAUCCAGUCCACGACGCGCCGUGCCUACCAGCAGGUCCUGGAACUCCUGGACGAUAACCAGCGAAGAACUCACCUGGACCUGGCUCUGGAUAUGAACCCCGAAGAAUCCGGAUUAGUCGACGCUUCGUCAUUGAGACGCCAGAUCGUAAAGCUGAACAGGCGUCUGCAGCUGCUGGAGGAGGAGAACAAGGAGCGCUCCAAGCGGGAGGUGAUGCUGUAUUCGGCCACGGUGGCGUUCUGGCUCAUCAACACCUGGAUCUGGUUACGUCGCUAAAGCAGGACGUCUCCAAAGAACAAACCAACCUGGAAACCCAAAUAAAUCCUGACUGGCUCGGCGCGGGUCUCCUCUGACAUUCCACAUGGAUCAAAGGAAACGUUAUUUCUGUUUACAGAUUUUUAAUCUCUGGAUGACUAAAAGCUGACCUGAUGUUAGUCGCCACGGCACCCAGGAAGUGCCGCCGUAUGGAGGCUUGUCCUGCCUAGUUCAGAGCGCCGUCCCACUCUGCUUGCAUGUAAAACUUCCUCAUCUUCUCUGAUCUUCUUCUCUCCAUUAAAUCUUUGUUUCUGCUCUCAGAUUUAAAGCUUCUUUUACUUUUCCUUACAUGCAACCUUUAAGAAAUUUGCUCACAAGCCUGUUUUCCCACACUUCUUUUUUGCUUUCACCGAUUGGAAUCAUAUCGUUGCCUAGCAACCGUUUCAGCCAAUAGAACGACUGCAAGGAAAACUUGCUCCUAAACUUUCCUUCCGUUUGCUCUCCCUCUGAUUGGAGGGUGUCAUCGCCUAGCAACCAUUCCAGCCAAUAGAAACACAGCCAUGGGGUGCACGUUUCUCUCUAUGGUGCCUAUAUUACUACUGGAAAAAGGGAAAUUGACUAAAAUAAUGAAAUAAUUCAUAUUUACUAUAUAAUAUUCUGCAAGUAUUUUGAUAAUGAUGGUCGGUAAAGUUACUGAAGAUCUAGUGGUAUUGUGGUCAGGCUAUUGAUUUUUAUUUAUUACAAGAAUAAAGUGAUAACAUUAUGAGAAUAAUGUAACAUUAUAAAGUCAUGAAAUACUAAAAGUCGUAACAUCAUCAGAAUGCAAUCCUAAUAUUAC